AUGGCAUCAUCAGGGGUGCAGAUCAUGUGCAUCUUUUUAGGGAUUUUGGGUCUAGUGGCCGCCAUUGUGACCUGUGCUAUCCCUAAGUGGAAGGUGUCAGCCUUCAUUGGACAAAACAUUGUCACCGCCCAGAGUGAAAACGAGGGGCUGUGGAUGUCAUGCGUGACGCAGAGCACGGGACAGAGGCAGUGUAAAACCUACGAUUCGCUGCUUAUCCUCAGCGCGGACCUGCAGGCUGCCCGGGCCUUGACCAUCAUCUGCAGCUUGUUGACGUCCUUGUCCAUCCUCAUACUGUUCGCUGGAGCUGACUUCACAACAUGCGUGGAAAACCCCGACGCAAAGCCGAAGAUCUGCCUGGUGGCCGGAAUCUGCCUGCUGGUGGCCGGAGUCCUUCUGAUUAUUCCCGUCAGCUGGUCGGCCCAUCACGUGGUGAGAGACUUCAAAAGCCCGUUGGUUCCUAGCAGCAAUAAGAGAGAGCUGGGUGCCUGUAUCUUCAUUGGCUGGGCAGGUGGAGCCUUGCUGCUCUUGGCUGGUGGGCUGCUGUGCUGUUUCAGUCGGCCACAGUCUGGAAACUCUAACCACACUGCAAAGUACUACAGCAACAGUGACCAUUCAAACAAGAACUACGUCUAGAGUCAAGGAGGGGGCUCAUUAGCUGCACUGAGCAUAGCUGGAAUGAGAGUGCGUGUGCGUG